GUGCCUGUGUACAUGAAAGUGACGCGUUUGUUGAUUGUUGAUGGUUUGGUGUUUUUACCCGAACAAGUAGUGAAUAGAGAAUAUUCAGAGUGGAAAUAUAGCUCCUGAGUUUUUCUAGACAAAUAAUUAUCCGAAGAUGCCACCCAACAGAAGACCGAUGAGAUAUGCUCACGCUGAUGGCCAUACAGACGUCUGCUAUUCUCAGGAUGGCAAAUACAUUCUGACUUGUGGAAGUGACGGCGAUGUUCGUAUAUGGGCGGGACUUGAAGACGACGACUCGACGUCACAGUGUGUUGGUGAGAAAGCCUUGGCUGUCACACAGAAGGGCAACUAUUUUUAUGUUGGGACAGACAAUAAUAAUGUUCAGGCAUAUACCUUCCCAGAUGCGAACAGAGACCAGAUUGUUACUAGAUUUUCUGCUCCUGUGACCCAUGUUGCUGUUAGUGAAAAUGGGAAGAAAGUCUUUUCUGGGUCAUUUGACACGGAGAUACACAUCACAGAUUUGGACACGUCUCAGUCACAGGUAUUGAGUGGGCACACUGCACCUGUUCUCUCUGUUGCAGUCGACCCUGCAGAAAAAUAUUUGGUAUCUUCAAGCUGUGAUGGAACAGCAAGAGUGUGGUCCCUGGACACACUAGAGACAGAGUACACUUGGCAAUGUAUUCCAGUAAGCAAUUCUUUCUACACAACAGAGGUACUCUGUCGACCAUCUUGGCAGCCUACCUCUGGCCGUUAUUUGGCCUUACCUGAGGAUCGUAAUGUACGACUGUAUGAGCGUGCAUCCUGGCGAAAGGUGGCGUCACUGGGAGAUGAGAAGGCAAGAAAGGCUUUUUCAAUCUGCGCUUUCUCACCUUGCGGCCAGUAUAUCGCAGGAGCUACAACAGGUGGUGACAUAUGUAUCUGGAAUGUCAAUAGUCAGUCCAAAGUUGUAAUAGUGCAGCAUGAUCAGACUGUGUGCAUAUGUGGGCUGGUGUGGAACCCUUUGGGCAAUGGAGAAAUAGCCUACUGUGAUUUCACUGGUCAGCUGGGCACAGUGGAGGACUGCCUACCAGUGGAGGAAGCUAAGGUUACAGAAAUCGUUAAUGGUAUACCUGCUAUUGACAGGGUAUUUGAAAAUGAAGAAGAAGAUGAUGCAGAGAACGUAUUCUCUCUUGAGAAGAUAAAAGCAUCUGUUGCUGUACCAACACAAGAAGGCAGUACCCUAGGAGAUGAGUUAGAUAUACCUGAUGCUUUAGAUGAUGAAGAUGAUAUCGAGAGCAAGAAAAGUACACUUGCGAAGGCUGAUCUGCUAGAUGUUGUUUGUGAAGUUCAAGCACCUUUCCAACCGUCAUCAUCCCCAGUCCAUCUUCAGCAUAGAUAUAUGGUAUGGAACUCUGUUGGUAUUGUUCGUUGCCACGACACAGAAGAAGAAAAUUCAAUUGAUGUGGAGUUCCAUGAUACAUCAGUUCACCAUUCAAUACACAUGCCCAACUUCCUGAAGCACACACUUGCAGCCUUGACUGAAGAAAUACUUGUACUAGCUUGUGAAGCUCAGGAAGAAUCCAGCAGCAAGGUGGUGUGCGUGUUGCUGUCUUCGUGGGAUGGAUCUCGAGAGUGGACAGUUGAGAUGCCUGCUGGGGAGGAAGUGCUGGCUGUUGCUGCAGGACAAGGCUGGCUGGCAGCUGCUACUGACAUUCGCAACCUGAGGCUGUUCACAUCAGCUGGCACACAGAGGGAGGUGGUGUCACUGCCAGGUCCUGUGGUGUGCCUCGCCGGAAGGCAGAAGCAGCUGAUGGUUGUCUGUCACGGAGGAGCUGGAUUGAUAUUUUCAUUGAUAGCUGUGAGGGAUAAUGUUGUAACAACAGUCUCUGCAUAUGAACAGCUGCCACUUGCUCCAAAGGCACAGCUGCACUGGGUAGGUUUCACUGAUGAAGGUACACCCUGCACCACAGAUUCAGCUGGAGUUGUACGUUUCCUUUCUCGUAAAGGAUAUUGGAGUCCUGUUUGUGAUACAUCUUCCCAGACUAGUGGCAAGUCAGACCAUUACUUUGUGCUGGGUGUGAGUGAACGGUACCAGAACGUGAGAUGUGUGCUGUGUAAGGGAGCCAGGUACCCGCCUACUGUUCCACGGCCAGCUGUUGUGGAACUGUCCUUAAAGAUCCCACUCUGUGAAGAAGCAACUGAAAAGGCUGGGCUAGAAGAAAAAUUUUGGCGAUCUCAGCUACUUUUGGGUGGUGUGGAAGCCUUAAGUAGAACUGAUGACAACUACUUGAAUGAAAAAGAUGCAAUUGAAACUACUAUAAAGGAGACCAUCAUUAAGUUAUUUGCUCUUGCCUGCAAGAGUGGUCUGGAACAACGAGCAGCUGAACUUGGAGCAUUGAUGCCAUCUCAGCAAGUUCUUCAGUUAGCCAUGAAAUAUGCUACCAAAGUGGGCAAGCAUCAUCUUGCUGAUCGCCUUUCUGAGGAUGCUGCUAAACGUGAACGUGAGCGCCUCACACCGGAGAUUACUGCCAUCAUGUCGGGGAGUGGUGCAUCUCACAAGAGGUAUGUCUUGGAGUCUUCAGAGAGCCAGAAUGGAUGGUCUAGCUCAAAUGGGGAUGCUGUUACAGAUGAUUACGAUCCAUUCGCAAGCACCCCAACAAAUAAUGCCACAGCCGAACAUGGAAACCUUCUGCUGGCUGCUAAGCAAAGAAAGAAUAGUGUGCCUGAAAUCCGGCCGACAUUGUCUCUGAGCCAACGGAAACACAACCCAUUCAGAAAAAAUGUUGAACGACAAGAAAUUGGUAAAGGCUUAGAGAAUAUGAAUAAUGCUUUCCUUGAAAAACAAAAUUCCAAGAACAAACAAAAUUCCACAGAAACAGCACAACCAACUGUGAAGACAAAACAAACAAAAUUGAUGAGCAAGCCUUCAAAUGCCCAAGAACCUGCUAGGAAGAGUCCACUUCCUUUUGUCCAGUGGUUCGAGAAGGAAAGGCCAGCAAUGCAGGAAGAGUUUCCGGAUAUGAAUUCCUCCGAGUUGACGAGAGAGGCUAUGAAGCGAUACAAAGAAGUGAGACAGAAACAAAAAGAACAACAACAAGAACAGAAUGGUGAAUGUGUGCAGAAGCUAGGUUCCUUUGAGAACUGGUUUGAGGAAGAGAAGAGUAAUUUGCAGAAGGAAUUUCCAGGUGUGACACAACAAGAGUUAGCAACUGAGGGUCUUAAAAGAUAUCGAGACCUACUGCAGAAGAAGAGGAGGGAAGAAAAAGAAAAGGAGGCAGCUAGCAAGUCUGACUACUCUGAAAGUGCAGAAGUCGGAAGUGAAAGUAAAAAGAGAAAGGCCCAGGAGGAGGCAGGAUCACAAGACAAAGUGGCAAAAAUACUAUCAUCAGACAUUGCACAGUUUGCUUUCAAGAAGUCAUAAUGGUUUCUCAUAGCACAUUUUUUUAAUCAUUGUGUAUAUAUCUUGAAAUGUCCUUGUAUCAGGGAUGUUUACUGCCCGCUCUUUCGACACUGUUGAAUCAACAGAUUUUUCAUAUUUCACUUGAAAAGAGGACAUUGAUGAACUUUUGUACCAAGAUAUUUUUUAUGCGGAGAAAGAAUGAAAGUGACAUUUGAGAAAAUUAAUUGUAGUUUCUAUCAUGACAACAAAAAUGCUAACAGUAUGGCAAUAUAAUUUGUCUUUAGUAAUAUUGUGGACAGUUUUAUCUCCAGUAUCAUGAAAUUUAAAGUUGCUUUAAAGCACAGAUUUAUGUCUCUAGAAAAUUUUAAGAGUUAAGUAUGGGAGACUGGCACUUCCUUAUAAUGCUUUACAGCACUUGACUGAUCUUCACAAGACAUACUGGAUGACAUUGAGCAGCAUGCAACAAUGAAGGUUUCUAGUCAUUCCUUCACAUUUUGUGUUCUAUAGGAAAUUUUAAUGUAACUAUUAAUAUAGUCUGACUUUCUUUGUGUCUUUAUAAGAAAUUAUAUUGAUAGCACAUUUGUACUGUUGGGAAUGUUAUCAAUAAAGGUGAAAGUAGAUUAAAAAAUUAGUAGCCCUCAGGGAAUAAUCUACUGCAGGAAAGCCCAAGUUUCUAUUUUCAGAACGUGCACCUCAUAAAUUUAUAUAAAUGGUCACAUAAGUAUUUUACUUCCUAAUGUUGGUAAAUACAGGAUGGAAUAAUGUCAGUAUUAUGAAAAGGAUAGUUGCUACUCUCUCCGUAUAGCAGAGAUGCUAGUCACAGAUGGACACAACAAAAAGACUGUCAGAAUGUAAGCUUUCGGCCAACAA